UACCUUGGGAAGAGCUUCUCCUUGAGCAGGCGCCUGCUGAUGGCCGUGAGCGGGCGCAGGGGCGCGAUCUGCUGCUUGUUCCGCGUCAUGGUGCGGGCUUCGUAAAACCACUCGCGCAGCAUGGAGGCCGCCAGCCCGCCCGCUCGCGGGCCCAACGGGAGGUCCGUGCCGGCCGCCGCCCCCGCCGGGUUCUUCGCCCGACGUCACUCGCGCACUCACACCCACACACCUCUGGACUUCUCGGGACUUUUUCCCUUCACCUCGUCUAGCGUCGCUUCGCGUUGCGUCACUUGUCACACGCGCACUCGCCUACCUCGACCUCGCUUAUCGCACCCGGAAGCACUUCCUCCAGUUGUCGCAACCGACGUCGGUUUAUGAGAGGGGGGGGGGCAGCGCUGGUAACGAGUUCGACGCGCCACGCGGGCAACGAGAUCACGCGGCACAGCACACCUUGCAGUCUGAAGCACCACGGCGACACAACGCGAGCGCAAGCGACGAACCGACUGACGACGACGCACUUGGCUUCGCGCGGGUGCCGGUCGUCAGCUGUCUGAUUCACCAGACGCAGGCUGCGUACGCGACUCCUGGGCGAUGACUAACAGCCGUUAUCAGGGCCCCGCGGCGAAGCUCUGCGCUCCGCGCGCGUCGAGAGAGGGGAGGGGCGCUGAAACUCCCCGGGAGUGGGCGUGGCUCCGAGGUGGAAGCCCCUUUCAGAAUAAUCCACUCCGGUCUAGGUCAGAGCUCCGUCACUGCCAACGCUGCCUUCAGUGGAGUCGGUCGCCGUCAGCGCCAACGGAUUUCCCGCGUCCCCUCGGCGUCUCCCGCUCCCUUCUCUGUCUCUCUCGCUCGCUCCACCGCGAGGCGUCGGCACAAAAGGCGAGAGGGGGAGGGAAGGCGGAGGCGGCGCGCCGCCGGGCGGGCGAGAGGGGGCGGGCGGAGCGAACCGAAGCAGGGCAGGGCAGGGCGCCCGCAGAGGACCCGGCGCGUGCGUCUGCUGCGGAAGGCUGGGUGCGCUGCGCUACGCUGUGGUACCGCUGCCUCUCCGCGUGGCCUCGCCGUACGUGA